UUAAGAACUAUUAUAUUGAUGUGUUACCGUACUGUCAAGUCAUCUGCGGUUAAGAACUAUAAUCGCAAAUUUCAACGUGUUCAAAAACAAAGUUCCUAUUUUUAUUUGUUUCUGCAGUUAAAAUGUAUGUAAAAAUAUGUUUCUGUUUGUUAUUUUUGACUUUCUGAUUAUUGAGUGUAUUUUGUUAAGUGCUCUUCAAUUUUAUUCUUGAAGUCUGGAAUCUAAGUGUUAUAAUUAAAUCUCUGAAAAUGUUGGAAAUGAACUCUUAUCAUCUGUCUCAUGUGCUCAAUCGAAUAUGUGAAAAGGUUCAGCAGAGUAUGGCGAAUACGUCUCCCGACUCCGAUGAUAUCGAGUGGAAUGUGAACGUCGAAAUUCUUUUAUUUUAUGCUAUGAUGGGUUCUAAGCCUGUUGGUGUUAGUCGUAAUAUCACAAUGCUUACCAUCCAUCAGAGAUUUUGUGAAUAUAUUAACAAACAGAUACGUUCUUCUGUAAUCUGGAAACAUUUGGAUUCCAUGUAUGAUAUGGCAGCAUUGGUAAGUACUCAUGAAUCAGAAAUUAUACCAUUUCCAAAUGAUGAAGUAGAAUAUGAUUUACCUGAAGAAUUUGAUGAAAUUGCAAUAAGUAAAUUUGGAGUUCCCAUCCAUAGCACAGUUGAUGAAAAUGAAAAGUCCAAGAAUGUUAAUUCAAAGACAUCUAAAAAAAUAAAUGUUUCAAAGCCAAAGCAAAGUCCUACACCCACUUCAGUUUCUAAAAACAGCUUUGUGACACCCACAUCUAAAGUAGUUAAAAAUCCUGCUGGUAGGAGUGAACCCAAACCAUUAAAUGUGGAAAACAAUUCUAAAGUGAAAAUAGAAAAUACAUUACCAGUUAAAAUGAAUAAAGUGAAAAGAUCAUCAAGUCCUUUUACCAAAAAUAUAAAACUAGAACUCUCUCCUUUAGCUAAAGAAGAGUCACCUGACAUUUCUGGGACCAAAAAACCGAACAAAUUAGAAAGGAGUAGCAGCCCUGCAACUUCUAAGAAAACAGUAAAAGCCGAAGUAAGCACCACAAAUAGUUCAAAAAAGCCACUUAAAUCAGAACAAAGCACUAAUUCUGCGAAAUUAAGCAAACUAGAAACAUCUGAUAGCUUGAUUAAAAAAGUUAAAACUGAAAAAGAUAUUUUAAGUAAGAAAGGAAAAGUUUCCGUUUCAAGUGAAAGUCCUGUUAAUAAGAAAAAUCUCAAAUUAGAUAGUUCAAAUAGCGUUAAAAAGAAACUUGAAACAGAGAGUUCAUCAAAGAAGUCAAGUGAUUCUUCUUCUAGUAAGCAACCCAAACCAGAGAAAGUUUCGAAUGUCACAAGCAAAGGGUUAAAGCUGGAUGAUGUAGAAUCCUCAUCUACUUCAGGUUCCAGAAAAUCAUCUCCUGUUGUGAAAUCAGAAUCAAAUGAAGUGAAGAAGAGGAAGCGACAGAAGACAGAAGAAGCAUCAAAGAAAACAACACCUGCUGCAAAAAGAAGACGGACUUGAAUAAUUUUUGGAAACUGUGAUAAACUUGACUGAUUUUGCUAUAUCAUCUUUUUUUUUUAAUCAUCAUUUGAACCAUUUUCUUAAUCUUUCAUAUAGGAUAUAAAAAGAUGUAAGUUCUCAAUAAAAAGAUACCACAUCUCACAAAAUGUCAGAUUGAUUGGAGCUAUAAUUUUGCUUCUUAACAUAUAUGAAGAAACAUAUAUGUUAACCCAUCAUUUUGGUGUUUAUAAAUUAUUUUUAGGCUACACGUUGACUUUGAAAAUAGCUAAAUGUUUGGUUAAAUCAUAAUUUCUAGCAAAUUUACUUCUUGUAAAUCUUUAGUAGAUACCUGAGAAUGCCCAGACAUUUAUAUAAUAUAUUUAUUAUUUGCAUUUUAAAUGAAUUUAUUACUUAUUUUGUUUUGACAUUUUCUGGAACAACUUGGAAAAAAGAUGCUUUAGUGCAGAUUUUGUGUUUUUUUAAGAUUGCUUUUAUGUCUAAUUUGAUAUUUUACACUGCUGUUUUUCUCUAACAAUGAAUAAAAGCUUUCAAAAUUUAA